GAGGUAGUUUCACUUCAUUUCUUAGCAGCGGUCGACAAAGGCAGGAGUUCGCGCAGUUCUUAGGACAAAAACACUGGUUUUUACAGCCUUUUGUUUGGCUUUUUUACUGAUAAACAUGAACGUGCUGCUUUCUUUAGUCGUGCUCGCUGUUUUCAGCGCCAAUGCCUUCGCUAAGGAGUCUCCACCAAAAAUCCAGGUUUACAGCCGUAACCCUGGUAUUUAUGGACAAGACAACCACCUGAUCUGCCACGUGAGUGACUUUCACCCCCCAGACAUUGAAAUCACACUGAUAAAGAAUAACGAGGAGAUUCCAGGUGCCCAGCAGACCGACCUGGCCUUUGAGAAAGGCUGGAAGUUUCACCUGACCAAGAGCGUCAGUUUCAAACCCCAAGAAGGUGAAAAAUACGGCUGCAAAGUCCGACACAUGCAGAGCGAUCCCAAGAUAAUCACCUGGGAGCCAGACAUGUAAACCUGCUCGGCUUUCAUUCCACGGGCUACUGUUUUUUUUUUUUCAAGCUUGCAGUAAUGAUACCACUUUUCCACCAUCAAUUCAAGUCUCUUCAGUAAAUUUAAUUACUCUGUAUAUUUGUCUUUAUAGGGCUGGGUGAUAGGAUACAAAUCUGGCGAAAGGAAUUAGACUUCAGUAUCAAUGACUUGAAAACACCUUUCAAAUGGACAAUAUACAACAAGGUGUUUGUCACUUUGGUGUUUGCUAAAAAAAAAAAAGAUUGCUAUUUGUGCUAUUAAUGAAAUAGCACAAAUUAUUUGAUUCAGCAUUCACUAAAAAAGAUAUUUAUUACCAGGUUAGGAGCAAAUCAGUUAUUUGUCAUUAUGAUUUGCAGUGGUGUGAGAAAAGCAAAAAAAGACAAAACAAAAUAUAAACGUAAUCUUAUCACCCAGCCCUAUUUGGGGAAAACCCACUAUUACAGAUAACCAUUAGAUAAUAAAGCAAUAUCUCUUCAGUUUUAAAUGUAAGGAAUGCAACUGUAUGCAGUUUGGAUAAUUCAAUUUCUAAUCUAAUGGCUAUUUGGAGUGUUUUUUUAAUGUUAUAUAAUUGUUGCCUGUCUUCCUUUAUUUCUGGUUUAUCAUGCUGUACAAUAGCCUUCUCUAGUUGUUUUCUUUGCCCCAAGUUAUGCACUUUUUAAAUGUUUUUUAAAAUUGACAUCCAUCACAAAUGAUCUCUUUUCUUUUGAGUUUUUAAUCAACAAUAAGUGUAAUGUAAAAAGAAGUAAUAAAAUUAUGUCCCCUUCCCCAAA